CUGAGUGCUGAGCUGAGGACAAACUACAAGCUUAACGUGCGCAGGCGCAGGAUGUUGCUAGGCUCAUUGGCAUCCAUGAUGGAUGGUUCUGAGGCUUCCGAGUAUGGAACCGCAAGUCGACUACUAGAAGAAGUGACAGAAGUGACCGACAAUCUCGACCAGAUAACAGAGGAGUUGUACGACGUGACCACGCAGCUCGGGCAGCUCACCCAUCUGCGGGACGUGCACUCGAGCAGUGCACUCAUCAUGGCGCUGCACAAACUGAACAAGAGUCUCAAAAAACAUCUGGAGGAGGGACAAAAACUCCGCGAGCAGGUGUCGACUCUUGAGGCGGAGAGGGACGAGGCGUGGAGGCAAGCACAGGAAGUUGCGCAAGACUUCGACGACCUGGCUGGACGAGCCGACCAGAUGACACCGUCAACGAGGGAGGGCUCCAGUCGUCGCUCUAGCCGCGUGUUCCUGGCGCGGAAGAACAGUUCGCGGGCUGCGAAGGCUGGAUUGAAGUCUUCGACACAUCGCCGUAGUCAGCGUUCGUCAGUGGGUAGUAUGACGCCCUCCCCAGCGGUGCGAUCCGCACAUAUGAGUGAGAUACCGCCCGUGCCCCCUAUACCGCUUCGUAGGGGUCUCGGUAUCGUGACAGAUCUGCCGACGGGCCAUACAGGCCCGACUACUGAGUCGCCAUCGUCUGAGUUCAGAGCCAUGACUGAGGCGCAAAAAGAACUCUGUGAUAUGCUCGGUAUCUCGCUAGACGACCUCAAGGGCCAACAGCCAUUAAGAAGACGG